UAUAUGGGCGUCAUAAUGCCAACGCGCUAUCGCUUCUUCUACGUUCUUUAUUCGCUAUUCGUCAACAUGUUGGGUACAAUUUAUUUACCCAUCGGUUUUACGCUCAUCUUCUUCACUAUUUCAGCAGAGGAGGUGAAUAUCGGCAAUCUACUCACUUCGCUGCAAGUCACCUUCGACGUCUACGGCGGUUCUACCAAGCUCGUAAUUAUGGCCUUCAUGUUGAUAAAGCUGCGUGCCACAUACGUGCUUACUCAGCGGCUGGACAAACGUUGUCGUGCCGCAGAUGAAGUCACUGAACUGUACAAAUUGGCGCGUUUCGGAAAAAAGGCUGUCAUCUUUUUUUUCACCAUCUUUCUCAGCUACUCGGCCAGCACGUUCCUCGGCUCCAUUAUUAUGGGUCAUCCGCCGUAUGCGCUGUAUUUCCCCUUUCUCAAGUGGCGUCGUUCGAAGCCCGAAUUUCUCAUCGCGUCAGUACUUGAAUUCAUC